GCCGCAGCCCGCGCGUUGCGAGACUCGUGCCGCGGCGAUGGGGCGCUUCAGCCCGGCUUGGCUGGGGGUCCUGGUCUUGGCCGGUAUCCUGGUGCUCGGCUCUGCUACAGUGAAAUAUGAAACGAACCCGGUGAAAUAUGAAAUGAACCCGGUAAAAGGAAGAAGUUUUAUCGGUCAUAAAACCAAUACAAGCAAUACCUCUCGAGAAUACAGUAUAGAUGAAUUUGCCACGAAGAUCCUUACUGGAAAGUUGACUACCGUUUUCCUGCCCAUCGUCUACAUUGUCGUGUUCAUCAUUGGCUUACCAAGCAAUGCAAUGGCUCUCUGGGUCUUCUUCUUGAGAACAAAAAAGAAGCAUCCAGCAGUUAUCUAUAUGGCUAACUUGGCCCUGGCAGAUCUCCUCUUUGUGAUCUGGUUCCCGCUGAAGAUUGCAUACCAUAUGAAUGGCAACAACUGGAUCUAUGGUGAAGGCCUGUGCAAAGUACUUGUUGGGUUCUUUUAUGGCAACAUGUACUGCUCCAUUCUUUUUAUGACAUGCCUCAGCGUACAAAGGUAUUGGGUCAUUGUGAACCCCAUACUGCACUCAAGGAAGAAGUCAGAAAUUGCUUUUGGAGUUUCAGCUGCAAUAUGGGUCCUAAUUCUACUCGGCACCAUUCCAUUAUAUCUUGUGGACCAAACUGUUUCUAUUUCGAACCUCAACAUCACCACCUGUCAUGACGUCUUGCCUCAAGCACUGUUGGCUCACGACAUGUAUAACUACUUCCUCUCUCUAGCCAUCGGAGUCUUCUUAUUCCCAGCCAUUCUCACAGCUGUUGCCUACGUUCUCAUGAUAAGGACUCUGAAUGCUUCAAUUACGGAUGUGAACAUUGGGAAGAAACGCAAAAGAGCCAUCAAGCUCAUUAUUACGGUGCUUUCCAUGUACUUGAUCUGCUUUGUGCCUAGCAAUGUUCUGCUUGUGGUGCACUACUCCCAGAUCAAAUCCAAUGGCAUCAGUAACAUAUAUGCAUUCUACAUCACCGCACUGUGCCUGUCUACUCUAAACAGCUGCAUCGAUCCAUUCAUCUAUUACUUUGUUUCAAAAGACUUUAGAGAUAACCUUAAAAAUGCUCUCCUCUGUCGAAGUGUGCGUACUACAAAGAGGAUGCAAGUCUCCCUCUCUUCAAAUAGAUACCCAAGGAAAUCCCCUUCGUAUUCCUCCAGUUCAAACACAACUAAAUCAACUUACUAAAUUUGUACGCAGAAGGCAAGGAAGCUUGGACUGGCAUUUGCAAAGUUCUGCGCAUCUUAAAAAGGGGAAGUCGUGAUCAUGUUUGAUAGCAGAACUCCAUCAGAACUGACAAACUGCUCCCCCCCCCUUUUCUUUUCUCUGGGAUCUCAAAUGGAAUAUACUACCAUGCUUCAUGGAAAACCCAAGUAACAAGACCUGAUGUAGGUACUAUUUUAAAAAACAAAACACACAAAACAAAACACUACCCAACAACAUCAGAAAGAUUCUAUUUUUGCAGACCGGAUAGUCAGUUGUAAAGAGAACUUUCCAUGUAAAUGUUGAUUGUCCAAUGGGCUGUUACCAAUACCCUGGCAUGUUGUAUCAAAAGACAGUAGCAGUCUUAUGUAACAGUUGAUCUUUAUGUAACAGUGAAAUGGUUUGAGUUUUGAGAGCCACGCUCCUCGUUCAUGAGAGACAAGUCUUGUCUUACAACACAUGCGUAGGAGGAUGUAAACCAAUCAUUCAUGUUUGCCAACCUGUCUAUUGCCAAUCCAGAAUGCAUGAAGGCCCUGGAAUACUGUGUUAUUGAUGUCCAUGUGACUGUUGUUUGCACUGAGA